UGUAAGACUUUGUCCCUGAGGUCCAAGUUUACUCGGAACCUUGCAGCGUCUUUUAAAGGUGUGUCUCAGUGACGACGUUCGUUAGGUUUUGAUUUUUGAUCAAAUUCAGAUUUCGAGAGGACCUGCGUUCCCGCAUCAGGACACGGGUGGCCCCAAGGGGUCAAUGUACUUAUCAGCCUGUGGUUACCAAAAUCAGCCAUGUACCUCCUUGAACCUGUGUCUCGGUACACGUAGCCAGUGUUUUGCUGUAGGUAAAAUAAGUGGCAGGCAAGACAGAAGUUUAAGAGCUUCAACUUUUAAAGAAGCAAACAAAAUAGCUCAGCAAAGGCACAGCAGGGCUGUGAAGGACGUUCCCGACUCCAAAAAUCCCAAGGGAGUCCAGUUUCUGUCUAGCCUCCUCUCCAUCCUUCCUAGUACAAAACGGCUGCUAGAGUUCUAGUCCUCACCUCUGGGCUCCAGACAGCAAGAUGGGGGAAGAGAAGAAGGGCGUGCGCCUGAGCAGGGAUUGCAGUUCCUCUGGAGGUCAGUGGGGGAGCCUAGGUUCAAGAAGGCAAGUAGGAUUAUUAUUGCCACCUGGGCAUAAAGACCUGUGUAGACAGGCCUUCCAAAAUAAUCCUGAUAAACCAGAAGCCCUGAAUUUUGAAUGCCCGCCCCUGACUUGUGGAUGACAGUGGAGGAUCCUCUCAAACUCAGCGGAUCCAAAUCACGGGUCUGCUGACUGGCUCGGCCAGCCAGUUCCCGGUUUGCCCACCCUGAGCUCGGUCACGGGGCAGGGUCCUCCACCUUCAACCUGCCAGGUCACAAAACAGCCCCUUGCCUCCUGGAGCGUCCGACUCUGGGCAUCUGUCUGUGUCCACCAGAGCAAGACCAUCAACACAGACGCCGCAGGGCUCCGGGAGGACCCCGGGAGGCUGGGCAGCCAGAUGGGCUUUUCUGGGGCAGGAUCUUGCAGGAAGCCAGGAUGACAGAAGGUGGCCAGGCUGGGAAGGACAGCAGGGAUGCACAGGGGUAGCCUGGGGCCUCCCUCUCUCCUGGGUCCACUUGGCAGACAGGUGCCAGGCCCAGCCUGUGCUUCUGAGCCUGCUUCCUGCCUGGGAGAACACAGCUUAGUGACCUGUGGGGGGCCCGAGGCCCCCAGAAGGGAGGCCAUGGAGCAGGCUGGAAGCAGCUCUGGUAGCCUCUGGGCCUCUGGGACCCAGGAGAGGGACUGCCAGAGCCUUGGAGGUUCCUGGGUGAGGCGUGGUCACCGGGACAGGGCUGCUGGUCCUACAAGGAAGGAGGAGUUCAGGCUGAGCUUGCUCCAGAUCCCAUGUCCCAGCUCAGAGCUGGGAACGUUAUCCUGUUUUACUUUUAAGUAUCACAGGCUAAAUUUCAUGUAAAUUCAAAGAAAACAACUCUUGUCACCAAACCUGGGAUUUCUCAGCAGCAGUAGCUACCCUUAGCGCAUGCCCAAAGUGUGCCAGGCACGAACUCACUGAUGUGUCUGCAUCUCAUUGAAAAUCACAAGAGGGCAGGUGAGGGCAAUGAGGCACAGAGAGGCAGAGUCACCUACCUAAGGUCACCCAGCCAGGAAGUAACAGGAGCUGAGGUCAAGUCCAGGCAGUGGCUGCAGAACCUCAUUCCUGAGCUCUCUAAUAUUUGGGCUCAGACUAAGGUUAGAUUGAAGGGUGUUCGUAAGAGUUCCAGUGGGGUGAUGCUGGUGGUUGGACAGGUGGUACACAGAUGGCAGCACACGGCUGCUGGGGGCUGGCAGAGGUGAUCUCCAAACCCUGUCCAGCUACAGAGACCUGUUAUUUCAGGAGGGAAAAAAAGCCAGAUUCAAAUUUUAUUCCAGGUAACCAUAUUUUUUGUGUUGGGUAAUAUGUUUGACUAGCUCACAAGUUAAAGCCACAUAAAGAUAGCUAGGCAAGGUGGCGCACGUCCGUCAUCCCAGCGGCUCGGGAGGCUGAGGCAGGAGGAUCACAAGUUCAAAGCCAGCCUCAGCAACUUGGUGAGGCCCUCAGCAACUUAGCAAGACCCUGUCUCUAAAUAAUAUAUAUAUAUGUAUAUAUAUAAAAGGGCUGGGGAUGUGGCUCAGGGUUAAGUGUCCCUGAGUUCAAUGCCCAGUACAAAAAACAAGAAUGACACUAAAAGAUCUGGACUGAGGGACCCCAGGUGUCAGGUUGCUUCAGGCAAAUACAGCGUGGACCACGUCCUUCCUCCUCCGCUAUCUGCGGUUUUGCCCCCUGGAUUCGCUCCCUUUGAGACCUCUGCCUGUCGCUGGGGAGACCUCCCCCUUCCCCGUCCUCAGCCUGCCCAGGUGGGCUGUCCCUGCAGGUCACUGAGCCUCCCCUGGCCUCUGCCACUGUCUCCCACCUUUUGCUGUUGCAAGGGGGCAGCGAACGCUGACCUUGUCCAUCAGUCAUUUCACUCAGCGCAGGUGACCUUUGGCUGUGGGACAGUCUCCUGGUGAGAAAUGGCACCUUGCAUUCAUUUUCCAGAUUAAAGAGAGUGGUCAUCUUUCCUGCGUCCCAGACUUCUUGGUACCUUUCCUCCAAGCCGUUAGAUCCUACCCUUGGCCCCCUCCUUUCUUGGGUCUUUUGUUCUUGAGGGUAAUACCGCUUUUUAGGAAUUAGAAACAUAAGCCUAUGUACUUUGUACUAUGUUGCCCACGUCCUUGUUUUGGUAGGGGGAGGUGUUGGGGUUUUGUUGUUUGAGACAGUGCCUUGCUAACUUGCGGAGGCUGGCCUUGAUCCUGAGAUCCUCCUGCCUCGGCCUCCUGAGCCACUGGAAUUACAGGUGUUCGCCACCACUCCCAACCACCCUUGGACUUUUCUCAGCCCAUCACAGAUGGACCUGGACACACAGUGGCCUCUGGCCCGGGACAGACCCGCCAUGGCCGCCCUCACCCACCUGCUGGUCUGCGUCUUCGGCAUGGGCUCCUGGGUGGCCAUCAAUGGGCUCUGGGUGGAGCUGCCCCUGCUGGUGACGGAGCUGCCCGAGGGCUGGUACCUGCCCUCCUACCUCACGGUGGUCAUCCAGCUGGCCAACAUCGGCCCCCUGCUGGUCACCCUGCUGCACCACUUCCGGCCUGGCUGCCUUCCUGAGGUGCCCGUGGUCUUCGCUGUGCUGGUUGUGGGCACCGUCGCCUGCGUCCUCUUUGCCUUCCUCUGGAACAUGACCUCCUGGGUGUUGGGCGGCCAGCACAGCAUCGCCUUCAUCGUCCUCACCUUCCUCUUGGCCCUGGUGGACUGCACCUCCUCUGUCACCUUCCUGCCCUUCAUGAGCCGGCUGCCCACCCACUACCUCACCACCUUCUUUGUGGGCGAAGGGUUCAGUGGCCUCCUGCCUGCGCUGGUGGCUCUUGCCCAGGGCUCCGGCAUCACCUCCUGCGUCAAUGUCACGGAGACAUUGGUCUCGACCUCAAGCCCUGUGACUUCCAGGAAGACCUACGUCACUCAGGGAGUCCGCAGCGCUGUCGCCUGGGUCCCCGCCGGGAGGGCCGGCUCCCUGGGCCGGCUGGAGAGCCGCUACCUCCCGGCGCGCUUCUCGCCGCUGGUCUUCUUCCUCCUGCUGGCCUCCAUGAUGGCCGGCUGCCUCCUGGCCUUCCUCCUGCUGCAGCAGCAGGCCCGGGGCCGGCAGGGCUCCAUCGAGGACCUCCUGCACUCCCAGGUCACCCUGCACUCCAUCCAGCCGCGGGAAGGGAAGGACGAAGGCCCCCCAGGCCCCGUGGUCAUCCGCAGGGGACAGGGGCAUCGGGAGGAGAAGCCGGCCACCCACCGCCCGGCCCAGCUGGCCUUCAUCUACACCCUGGUGGCCUUCGUCAACGCGCUCACCAACGGCGUCCUGCCCUCGGUGCAGACCUACUCCUGCCUGCCCUACGGGCCCGUGGCCUACCACCUGUCGGCCACCCUCAGCUCGGUGGCCAGUCCCCUCGCCUGCUUCCUCUCCAUGUUCCUGGCCAGCAGGUCUCUGCCCUUCCUGGGGGUCCUCACAGUGCUGGGGACCGGCUUCGGGGCCUACAACAUGGCCAUGGCUGCGAUGAGCCCCUGCCCGCUCCUGCAGGGCCACUGGGGUGGGGAAGUCCUCAUCGUGCUCUCCUGGGUGCUGUACACGGCCAUUCUCAGCUACGUCAAGGUCAUGCUGGGUGUGAUCCUGCGCGACCGGAGCCGCAGCGCCCUCUUGUGGUGCGGGGCGGCGGUGCAGCUGGGCUCGCUGCUCGGGGCGCUGCUCAUGUUCCCGCUGGUCAACGUGCUGAGGCUCUUUUCCUCGGCUGACUUCUGCAGCCUGGACUGCUCUGCCUAGGCCGUCGCGGGUGGCAGGCCCAUGGCAGGAUGCCAGCCGCGCCUGACACUUGCAAACUGGGCUUCAGACAGUCAAAGGGAGCGCCCAAGGGCACAGAGCCAGGGGUGGGGAGCUGGGAGGCAGAGGCUGAGCCUUUGAACCGUGAACAGGAGGGAUUGGCACAGGCCUUUGGUGAGACCUGGAGUCGCAGGCCCAGCCCUGCCUCCAGCUCUAAUGCGGUGCCUGGGACCCACUAGUUCCCAACUUCUUCUCUUUGCAUACUGAAAGCUCUAAUUUGUACCAUCCAGCUGGAGACAGGCCUAAGAAUGUCAUAAGGGAAACGGCUGGGAGGCGAGCUGCCCUUGCAAGCUGUGUGAUCUUGGGGAAGUCACUUGACUUCUCUGUGCCUUGGUUUCCUCAUCCAUAAAAGGAGGAUUAUGAGAAUAGCUCUUACCUGGCGUGCCUGGCACAGGGACGAGGCAGAAGUACCCAGCGUGUAGCAAGCUGUCCUGAGAGACUUCAUGAUCUGAAACGUGCAGUCAUAGCAAGACUCCACCUGGAAGUAGCCAGAGGGCUUGGAAGGGGCCCGUGCCCCAAUGGAUUCAUAGAGCAGCUUCUUCAAGACAGAUGGCGGUUUACCUUUUCCCGUGUGCGCCCCACACGCCCCUUCCUGUGCCCCUCCCUGGGUGGUGGAGCCCUACCCCUUGGAGGGUAAGUGCCCUCCUGAGUGUCAGGGAGAUGACUUGGUGGGACCCCACCCCCAGCCUCUGAAAGUGACCCCACCUGGCUGCAGACUGGACGGCGAGGAGCUUUAGAAGCAGCGGAAGCCCGAGGGCAACGGGCGGAUGGUCAUUGUGUUACUUUUUGUUUUUCUUUCCUUUUGCUUUUCUUUUUUAAUAAAGACACUCCUUGAUUUUACACUCA